GUUUGGAGGUCAUGGAGUUCUUACCAUCAUGGUUAAGGAUUGUACAAGGGAUGUGUGCUAUUGCUUUUAUUAUUGCCUCUUUGUCACAAGGUUUGUAGUUUGUAAUUAUAAAAUUAACUUAGAUCAACAUCUGAAAUCUUAAAAUUGUUCUUGAUAAUUAUUUUUUGCUUUGUUUGCUCACCAUAUUGCAUCAACAACUAAGACAAAAAUACAAGUGUGGAACAGUUCUUCAUAUAAAAAUAUGUUGAAGCACGGAUUUUCCUAUCGAGAAAACAAGCCUUCGGUUUUUUUUUUAUUUUUUUUAUUUUUAUUUUUAUUUUUUAUUUUUGUGGUUAUUUUCAAGCUGCAUGCAUUAGGCAACUCAAACAUGAAAAAGGUAACUAAAUUUAAUGCAUAUGUUGAUGCAGCUGAUGUGAAUGCUGAGAGCGAGUUUCAGCCAUUGCGAAAUGCAUCAAACCCCGAAGAACUAAAAGUGAAGAGGUCCGACUUCCCUAGUGAUUUCGUGUUCGGAGUCACCACUGCUGCUGCACAAAUGGAAGGAUCUGCAAAAGAAGCAGGAAGAGGACCAAGUGUUUGGGACUACUACAUUGAGAAAUUCCCAGGACGGAUUGCAGACCACACGAACAUGUUUACAGCCAUUGAUUCAUACAAGCGAUACAAGGAAGAAGUGAAGAAUCUCAAGGACCUUGGAGUUGAUUCUCACAGAUUUUCCAUCUCUUGGACCAGGAUUCUUCCUAAGGGAACCUUGAGUGGUGGAGUAAACCAAGAGGGUAUCGAUCACUACAACAACUUCAUCAACGAACUAAUCAAGAAUGACAUCACACCAUUUGUGACCAUAAUGCACUUUGAUCCACCACAAGCUUUGACAGACAAGUAUGGCGGCAUCCUCAAUCACUCCUUCGUGAAAGAUUUCAAGGAUUACAGUGAACUUUGUUUUAAACUUUUUGGAGAUAGGGUGAAAAAUUGGUUUACAAUCAACGAGCCGUGGAUCAUGGCGAAAAUGGGGUACGACAAAGGCGUUGGUCCGCCGGGCAGGUGUUCUGUUCAAACUGUAUUUCCAUGCACAAAUGGUGGUAAUUCAGCCACGGAACCUUACAUUGUGGCACACCACCUUCUCCUUGCCCAUGCUUCAGUCGUUGAGCUUUACCGGAAGAAAUUUCAGGAUAAACAAGGCGGACAAAUUGGAAUUAGUCUUGUAGGACAAUAUGUCAUGCCUUAUUCGAAUUCGGCAGAAGACAAAGCUGCAGCAGAAAGAAUAUUAGACUUUGAACUUGGAUGGUUUAUGGAACCAUUAGUAUAUGGAUCAUAUCCAGAGAGUAUGAGACGUUUGGUCAAGGACAGGCUACCACAUUUCACUAAGGAGGAGGAGAAGAUGAUCAAUGGAUCCUUAGGUUUUGUCGGCAUCAACUAUUACUCCACAAGAUAUGGUAGAAACGUCCCAGCAAAACCACAAGGACCAAUCUCUUAUAGCGACGAUAUUUUAGCUUUGGCGUUGAUCACAAAUGAAAAUGGAACCCAAAUUGGUCCUCAGGCUGGAGGAAGUCGGUUCGUCUACAGUUACCCACAAGGCCUGGAACAACUUCUAAAGUUUAUGAAGAAGAAGUACCAGGACCCUAAAAUCUACAUUUCUGAAAAUGGAAUAACCGAGGCAAAGGACGAUAAACUAAGACUUAGUGACGCACUUAAGGAUCCACAUAGAAUUCAAUCCAUUCUUCGCCAUUUGUACCGGAUCAAGAAGGCAAUAGAGAGUGGUGUGAAUGUCAAAGGAUAUUUCCACUACACUUUAUCUGAUAAUUUUGAAUGGGGAGAAGGCUAUAUCCCAAGAUUCGGGCUUUACUACGUCGACUACAAAGAUAAUCUCAAGCGCAUUCCUAAAGAGUCUGCUAAGUGGCUCCCUAAGUUCCUAAAGGGCGAGGCUUGA